AUGACGACAUACGACAAGAAUUCAUCGCCUGAAAUCCUUCGCAGCUUUACCGAACUGCCUUCAACAUCUCAAAUUCUCUUAUUGUCUACUCUAUCUGUUCUCGUCUUCGUCGCCACCAAGCUACUAUACAAUAUCUAUUUCCAUCCUCUGGCCAAAUUCCCCGGCCCGAAGCAUGCAGCAGCCACAGACCUCGUAUAUUGGUACCACUGGUGCACUGGCAGUGUGCAUACAUACAUUGAGGAUGUCCAUGCACAGUACGGCGAAAUCGUUCGGAUAACGCCGUACCGACUCAGCUUCAUCGAUCCGCAAGCAUGGAAGGACAUCUACGGCCACAAGACAGCGGCGAAGAAGGGCCAUCUCCACAAAGAGCCCAACUUCUACCAGCCCGACUACAACGGCCGCGACUCCGUCCUGACGAAGCGAGACGACCACGAGCACAGCCGCGUGCGCAAGAUCUUCACCAACGCCUUCUCCGACCGCGCGCUCAAAGCCCAGGAGCCCAUCCUCAAGCAAUACAUCGACAAGUUCAUCGACAUCAUCCGGCACAGCGCUGUCGAGAAGCCAGGCACUCCCAUUGACACGGUCAAGCUCCUCAACUGCCUCACCUUCGACGUCAUCGGCGACCUGGCCUUCGGCGAGAGCCUGGGGCUGCUCGAGACGGCCGAGUACAACGAGUGGCUGUCGACCAUCUUCGGCGGCAUCAAGAACCUCGCCGCGACGACCUUUUUGCUCGAGUACCCGCUGCUCGGCGCCGUGGCCAGCCUCUUCGUGCCCAAGUCGCUCAAGGAGUCGCAGAAGUUUGUGUUCGAUUACUGCGCCACCCGCGUCGAGAAGCGCAUGGCCAAGGGCGCCGUGACGGAGAAGCCGGAUUUCUGGAGCUUGGCGCUGGCGCAGCACGAUAAGGGCGCGCUCGACCUCGAGGAUAUGAAGGCGAAUGCGGGGUUGUUCAUGGUCGCUGGCUCCGAGACGACGGCGACGAUGCUGUCGGGCUUGUUCUAUAACUUGCUGAUGAAUCCGGACAAGAUGAAGAAGCUCGUGGCCGAGGUGCGCGGCGCGUUUGCCAGCGAGGACGAGCUUACGAUCGAGAACAUCCAAAGCCUGACAUACCUGGCAGCUUGCUUCAAUGAGUCUUUGAGGGUCUAUCCGUCUGUCCCGCAAGGCCCGCCUCGUGUCAUGGAAGCUGGCGGCGGAAUUAUCAGCGGUCACUUUGUGCCCGAGAAUACUCGCCUGUCACUGGCGCAAUAUUCGGCUUAUCACUCGCCAACCAAUUUCAAAGAUCCGCUGUCCUUCAUUCCUGAGCGCUGGCUCACCGACGACCCACUCGCAGCCGAGUUCGCAAAUGACAGGAAAGACGUCUUGCAACCAUUUUCGUACGGCCCAAGAAACUGCAUUGGAAAGAAUCUCGCACUACACGAAAUGCGCCUCGUUGCUACCAAAGUUCUUUGGAAUUUCGACCUCGAGCUUUGCCCCGAGAGCCGUGGGUCAUUUUUGAGGAACAUUUUGGAAGCCAAGCCUGAAUCCAGCGAGUCAUUGAUAGGCACAAUCAAGGCGCUUUCAGCCCAGAAGAUUGUUGUUACUUUGUAUAGAGAGGUUAAAUUUGAAUUUCAAAAAAUUUUCGUUAUCAACCUCCCGUCGCGGACCGACCUCCGCGAUUCUAUGUCGCUGGCUGCGGCCCUGACCGAUUUGGAGAUCGAGUACGUGGAUGGAGUGUCCGAGGUUGAUGAGAAAUCACUUCCUCCUGGCGCCAAAGAAACAAAUCUUGCCAAGGGAAGUUUGUACGCGUGGAGAGCGCACAUGAAUGUUCUCAGAAUGAUUGUCGAGCAAGGCCUCACAUCGGUCCUCGUGCUCGAAAACGACGUCGACUGGGACAUCCGCAUCAAAAAGCAAAUGCACGACUUCGCGCAGGCAUCCCAACUCCUACUCCAGCCCCUCAAAGGCACGACCGACCAAUUCCUCGACCCGAGCUACCCCGCCCCAGUCUUCUCCAACGAGCUCCCCGUCAACAUCGACGUCGCCAAGUACGCCCGCGCCGGCAUGACCACCGUCCCCACCACCUCACCCUACGGCGACGUCGACCGCUGGGACGUGCUGUGGGUGGGCCACUGCGGGACGCGCUUCCCCAAAGCGAGCGACGGCAACGCGCUGCUGGGGCGGGCCAUUAUCGCUGACGACGCGACGGUGCCCGAGCAGCAGCACCUCGACGUCGAGAACGGCGGCUGGAACCUGCUGACCGAGUACCCGGCGCACACGCGCGUCGUGCACCGCGCCCGCGUCAGCACAUGCACGCUCGGCUACGGCGUCUCCCAGCCCGGCGCCCGGCGCCUGCUGUACGAGCUCGGACUGCGGAAUAUGACGGGGACGGCGGAUAUGAUGUUUCGGAGCGUGUGCGAUGGUGUGGAGGGGAGGCCGUUGUUGAAUUGCUUGACCGUUCAGCCGCAGUUGUUUUCGCAUCAUCGGCCUGCUGGGGAUGCGGCGGCGUUUAGUGAUAUCAAUGAUCGUGUGGGGUUCAAUGAGCAGGCGUACACUAAGAACGUGAGAUGGAGCACGAAGCUGAAUUUUGACAGGCUUUUGUAUGGCCGGACGGACUACUUGGAUCUUUUCAAUGACGGAGAACCGCGAAAGGAGUUUGCAGAUUAA